ACGCCUACACACUCUCAACACCCCUCACACUUCACAAUCAGCAAUGGCUCGUACCAAGCAGACCGCCCGCAAGUCCACUGGUGGCAAGGCGCCCCGUAAGCAGCUCGCUGCAAAGUCCCAAGCGCGCAAGACCGCCGCAGCAAACGCGACCGGCGGUGUGAAGAAGCCCCAUCGUUUCCGCCCGGGCACGGUCGCCCUCCGCGAAAUCCGGCGGUACCAAAAGUCGACCGAGCUCCUCAUCCGCAAGCUGCCCUUCCAGCGGCUCGUCCGCGAGAUCGCGCAGGACUUCAAGACCGACCUCCGCUUCCAGUCGUCCGCCGUGAUGGCGCUCCAGGAGGCGUCGGAGGCAUACCUCGUCUCCCUCUUCGAGGACACCAACCUCGCCGCCAUCCACGCGAAGCGUGUCACCAUCCAGCCCAAGGACCUCGCGCUCGCGCGGCGGCUCCGCGGCGAGCGCUCAUAG